AAACCCUAGCCACAUGUAAUCCCGCGCUUUCUCCACGUGCAUUCUGAGAAACAAGAUGCAGUGCACUGCAGUGGCCUUGGCCAUGAUUUGUAUUGUGGUGGUGAGAGCAGACCGCAAAUGUACCAAGUCUGGAAACUGCGGGCCUUCUACGUGCGGACCACUAGAAGUUCCCGUACGGGGCAAGCCUCAGCGGGACAGCUUCUGCAGGCCUCUAUUCACUCCCACUUGGGAGCUGCAAAAACUGCGUACCUGCGUUUGCAAGCGAGGCUACCUGCGUAACUCCUGGGGCGAGUGCAUCCCACGGAAGAAGUGCAUCCCUUGCAAGUUUCGUUGGCAAAGGGAUUAUCGCACCUGCGCGCCAGGAUGUCCUGCCACCUGCAAUGUGCCAUUCAGCGAGUCAUGCAAUAAGCCGUGCAGCGAAGGAUGUGAUUGCCCGCCUGGCUAUGUGGUGCACCCAAAACUCUCGAAGAUGUGCAUCAAAGCCGACAAGUGUCUUCCAAAAUGUCCGGCCAACUCAAGUUUCCAGGCAUGCGUGUCGAGUUGUCGACCUAAGUGCGGUCGAAAUCCACCUAAGAAUUGCGACACUAACUGCGACACGGGCGCCUGCAUCUGUAAUAAGGGCUACGCUGAAUUGGAGCAAGGCGGCAAGAAGACGUGCGUUCUCCAGGGAAUGUGUUCCCGAUAUUCUCGUACGAAACCUUUAUUGCAAUCUAAUGCGACACGGUAUACGGCCGGGGGAGCGCCGUCACCUGUCCCAACAAAUCUCACGUCGAACACCUCAAGACGCCCGGAGAACGUUGGUUUACCUGUCCGGCAAGGACAGGCCCCAACAAACGCUGGAACGACUCUCGGGGGCAAACUGCCAAGUGGUUCUGGAGCAAUGAGUUCGACAGCCAUCACCAUAGGUACAGGGGGAACACUAUCGCCUGUUGCCACAGGAACGGACGGGAACGUUGUCCACACGGGUAGUGAAGGUACGCGUUCAUCCGUUGCUACAGUGGAGCCCUCGACUGCUGCCGGUACGGCCUCAGUAGGCACAGACUCAAGUGGAACCACGGACCUUACCACUGCUGUUAGAGAAAAUGCACUGCCAACUGUUUCUCUUGCUUCGGCAGGCAGUGCUGUCGUUCCUAUCACGGAAGGUGCUACUUCACAGAAGCCCGGAGGGCAUUUGUCCCUUACUAACAAAACAAGCACAUUGGUUGCGGGUACGCUUUCACUUGGUACUGCAAGCCUUGUCGGAGCUGCCGCCGGCAGUUUGGCAACAGGUACACACUCGGCUGUGCGCGCAGGUACUGGAGCAGCCGCAGUAGGAUUUCCUACAGGAGUACCAGCAGCACCUGCUACCGAAGGUACGCUAAGAGGUGGUCUUGAGACAGCCACAGAAGGUACUAGUUCACGUUAUGCUCCUGGGCUUCACACCCAAGUAGCACCAAACACAAGGGGUACAGUCACUGAUGGCGCUCCAGGAGGUGCACAGCCAUCUGUUCAUGCUGGAGGGUCUAUUUCUGUCAACGGUGCAGGAAAUGAAGCCAAUAAUUUAUCAAGUGGUGCCACAGGCCUGGAAGAGGCAGCAAUAACGGAAAAUACACACCCAAGUAUUACCUUACUUCAUCGCGGAGGUGUUGUUGAAGCCGGAAUUGUCGGUACGCGCCCAAAUUUUACUACGGAACUUCCCGUCGCUGGUACCGCCACUUCACCAGUUCUUGGUCCCGUACCAAUUUCCACUGGGAACGGACGAAACAGUUUGGUUAUGAAUGCACAGGGAGAACCUUUAGGUACUGCUGCGUGGUAUGGCUUGACAGGUGUCAGACCAUACAGACAGGGCCGACACGCACACGUAAACCCACCUGUUCAUGGGACCGGCUUCUGGUUCAACCCAUGGCGUACACUCUCUCCGGCAAGAGUAGUGUACCCACCUUUGCAACCGCGGGAUUUUGAGUACUACCCAUGGCGCGCGCCAUUUAUUAGUCCUCUUGGACACGAAUCAACUAGUUUUAGAUUUUACCCUUGGUGUACACCAUCGCUUUUUCCUACGGGGUUACGAACGAUCGGGUUGAAGUUUUAUCCAUGGGGUACACCAUUGGGUGGUAACGUAGGGCAUGGUUUGGCUGGUUUCGAAGUCUAUCCAUGGGGUUCAUCAUUAGGGUUCAGCACAGGGCCUCAUGAGACUUCCUUUGGAUUUGAUCCUUGGGGAACUCUCUCGCGUUUUAUCGCGCCGAAUGUUGCAGCUGUUUCCCGUUUUUAACGCCGAGUUUUAUACUCACCUGAUGCCACAGGUUACGGCACGCCCUAUUUCAACAGACGACCAAAACGUACACACUCAGAUGGUGUCACUCCAUAUAGCAGCGCCCAUGUCAGCGCAUAACUGCAAACAUAUACUCUGGUGUGGUGGUGCCGUGCAUUGCCUGGGUGUUUUCCUUUCACCUAAGCAACGCGGUGUCCACUACAACGUAUCAUCGAAGAGUACACAAAUGAAUGUCAAUUAAAAAUAUUUCUGCCUCUGUGACAUUGCACGUGAACAUAAAAAACCGGAAUUGCUACGUCUCA